UCCACUAAUGACAAAUACGUUUGCUUAUUGUAAAAGAAAAUUAAUAAUUGUUUGUUAGAUUGCUAUAUACCUGCAGAUACAGUAAUGUUUAAAUGCGACAGCAAGAGGAUUGGACGAACAUUAAGACAGUAUGCGAAAAAUUGUUCUCUCCAUGGUCUACACUAUAUCGUUGACCAAGAUGUUAACUAUUUCAAGAGAGCUUUCUAUGCAGUAUUCUUUGUGGGAUGCUUGUAUGGGACCGUGAUUGGAAUAAUGUACUCGUACAAUUCUUUUGUGUAUAAUUCAAUCAGCUUCGUAACCGAAACGACUUAUCUAAAUUGGAACACAACAUUUCCCGCAGUAACGGUUUGUGAAAUGACCAAUACUGAAGUUUCAUUCUCGGAUGAAGAACCUCCGAACGAUGAUUCUGUUGUUCAGGAAUUCAUAUCAGACAUAAUAUUAUUCACUGGAAGUUGCUACUCGUGCGCUGAACCAUGUCAAGAAUGCAAGCGAUUGAAUUUCAGUGAUCUUGUCAGACGGUAUCGCAAGAAUUGUUCGUCCCUUCUGUCUAAAUGUAAAUGGAAUGGAGAAGAAUUUAAUUGUUGUGAUAAGUUCUUACCUUUAGAAACAGAAUAUGGCGUCUGCUUUUCUUUGAAUUCACUACAUACAAGUAAAUCAUCUAAUUCGCCUUCUAUUUUGAAAUGUGACAGAAAGUCGGGGCCUGGAACACUAGAGAUUUUAGCCGUAGAUGAUAUUAGGCUGUAUUUUCACGCCCCGGAAGACGUCCCGUAUAUAAACUCAGAUCCUGAACUAAGAAAGGAUAUCGUUCUUGGAGAAAGCUACAAUAUUUCGUUCACUGUUACUGAGAUUUCAAACGACGAAGGUGUAAAGUAUUUACCAGUAGAGAGGAGACAUUGCAGGUUCCCCAAUGAAUUACCACCGGAAAUAAAAGUACAUAAUUUUUAUAGCUACUCAUCGUGUAUUGUUCAGUGUCACGCAGACGCUCAUUACGAAUUCUGCAACUGCACGCAUCAUCAUAUGCCUUAUUUUAGUGUAACGGCGCUUACCAAUGUCCACAUUCGGAUACCAGAAGUUGUCAGAGCUGGGGAUACGGUGACCCUUGCUUGUGACUACGAUUUGGAAAAAGCUGCCUUAUAUACCAUCAAAUGGUACAAGGAAGACUAUGAGUUUUACAGAUUUGUACCGAAAGAAUCACCACCGUCCAGAGUAUUUCUUGUUCCAUCGAUUUCAGUCGAUGUGUCUCGGUCGAAUUCGAAGGAGGUGACUUUGACAAACGUUGACAAAGAAACGGCAGGAAACUUUAAAUGCGAAGUGUCGGCCGAUGCACCUCUAUUUCAUACUGAAAUAAGAUCUGCUCAUUUAUGUGUUGCUGAUAUCCCCAACGACGGUCCCAUUUUAGAAACUCGUCUACACAAAGUUGAGCCUGGAGCAGGAAUUACAGCCAACUGCACAAGCCCUGCAUCACACCCUCCCAUGAAUAUUACUUGGUACAUAAACGACGUCGAGGUGAAUCCUGCGAGUAGUAGCAUUCAAACUGAGAGCAAGGUAACCGAGCACGAAAUUUACUCGAAUCUAAAAAGAGUUCAAUCCAUUAUUCAUAUACGACCAAAUUCGAAACUUUUCGCGAAUAGUAAAAUGAAACUGCGCUGUUUGGCUACGAUGUACACACUUUACAGACAAACCGCUGAACUAGAUAUCGAGGAAAAUGCACCUCUGUUAGCACUCGUUAUGGCAACAGAUUCUCCAAAACAUGCAGAUAAGCCAAGUGGAGCGUUUUCGUCGCCCAGAUUUGGCAGCGUACUAUUUCUAACUACGGUAUUAAUGAGUUUAAGGCUUUUUUGCAACACUUGAGUUGAAUAUUUGCGGACAUGAAUGCAAUGCAAUAUGUGCGCCAAACAGAUUGGAUUUCUUGUUAAAGUCAAGAAUACUAAUGGACUUGUGUGGAACGUUCAAAACUAAUGAAGUGUUCGUCAAAGAUGAUGCCGAUAUUCUAAACGUCAUACGUCAAUAUCCGCUCCGACGCUCAUCCUUUGGCUUCAAUCAAUCUCUGUAUUUUUCUAUCAUAAUGACUUGUACAACACAAAAUAUUUGUUUUAUUGUGAUUAUCGUUUUCGAUGUUUCUUUAUCGAUGUUUUUAAUGUAUAUAAUUCAAUGAUGUUUUACAAUGUUUGUUAAUAAACUAAUAUGUCCAAACCCUAUUGUGAUUCUACAUUCGCUUAUUACUUAUUAAAAAAUAAACUAUUCACAGAGUUGUUACAAAUUCUAAGUCAUACUCGUUUUUAAAAUAUUAUUUUUCAAUGUAUUCCAUAACCGUAAUAUACAAGCAAGGUGGUUGUUCGUUAAUGCUUCCAACGAACGUUUUCUAUUUUGAUUUAUUUUUUAUAAUGUCCUUAAUUAAUGUUUUAAAAGGUCAAAUUCAUAGGUGCAUACGCUCUA